UUCUAGAGAGAGAAAUAUGAUAAGGUAAGAAGAGAGAGAGAGAGAGAGAGAGAGAGAGAAGGGGGGGAUGUUGCUUACCAGAUUCUCCAUAGGCUGCCUCCCCACCUCUUCUCCUCAUUUCUCAUGCGUACAAGACAUCGCCAUUCACCGCACUCUUCCCCUUCUCCUCUCUUCCCUAUAUAAUAUCUUUCUCGCUAUCUUUCUAUUUCUAUAUGGCUCCAUCAUUUCAUAUCACUGACUCUCUAUAAGCUUACAUCUUGCCCUUUUUGAAGAUGUUUAUGAGCUUGGAUUGAUAAAGAUUGCUCCUUUUUCAUCAUCUUCAUCUUCAUCUUCAUUUUUAGUUACUCAAGAAAUCCAAAUAAAAGCUUCAAUCUUUCUUGGUUUUAGUACGAAUCCAACCCCAGAGUUCAAUCAAAAUCCAAUUUUUCUUCUCCUCCAUGGGUAGCCAAUUCAGCAGGCAAAAGGCGCCUCCUCCUCUUGCUCCGCCGCGGGACACGGCAGCCGGCGUGUCGUCGGGUGGGAACAAUGAGUACACUGCAGAGCUGAGCUCCUAUGAAGCGGCGUGCAGGCUUGAUCCAGAGCUGCAAACGUUCGACACCACGUUGCAGCAGCGCACGAGCCGCGUCAUCUCGUCUCUAGCUCUGGGCGUGGAGGUUCGCUCUCUCUCCUUCGAUUCCCUCAAGGAGGUCACCGGUUGCCUCUUGGAGAUGAACCAGGAGGUCGUCAAGAUCAUCCUUGAUUGCAAGAAGGACAUCUGGCGUAGCCCUGAGCUCUUCGAUCUUGUCGAGGACUACUUUGACAACUCUCUUCAAACACUAGACUUCUGCACUGCUCUCGAACGCUGUCUCAAACGCGCUCGUGACUCUCAGCUCAUUGUCCAUGUCGCCCUUCAGCGCUUCGAGGACGAAGACGCUGAUCCCUCCCUCCAAGAGGACGGUAAAAAUAAGUAUUUGCGCACAAUGGAAGAGCUCCGGCAUUUCAAGGCCGCUGGUAAUCCUUUCACUGAUGAAUUCUUUCAACUUUUCCACUCCGUCCACAAGCAGCAGCGCUGCAUGCUUGAGAAGCUGCAGCAGAGGAAGAAAAAGCUUGAUAAAAAGCUCAAGUCUGUGAAAUCAUGGAGGAAGGUGUCAAGCAUUAUCUUUGCUGCUGCAUUUGCUACUGUUCUUAUCUGCUCGGUUGUUGCAGCUGCAAUAUCUGCGCCACCAGUUGCAGCAGCGCUCGCUGCCGCCACUUCAAUUCCUCUCGGUUCAAUGGGCAAGUGGUUUGAUUCAUUGUGGAAGGAUUAUGAGGAUGCGCUUAAAGGGCAGAGGGAGGUUAUUAGUUCAAUGCAAGUGGGGACUUAUAUUACAAUCAAGGAUUUGGAUAGUAUUCGGGUUCUUGUGGAUCAAUUGGAGAAUCAUAUUAAUGUAUUGUUGCAAAGUGCUGAUUUUGCAUUGCAGGAGGAGGGGGCAGUGAGGUUCGGGGUUGAGGAGAUCAAGAAGAAGCUCGGGAUGUUUAUGAAGAGCAUCGAGGAUUUGGGUGAGCAGGUUGAUCAUUGUAGCAGGGAUAUAAGGAAGGCAAGGACUGUUGUCUUGCAGAGGAUUAUCAGGCAUCCAAAAUGAAGUAAUGAGGCUGCCUGAACCUGACCGCCGGUAAUCUGAUAAUACAAAAUGUCGUCUUUCGCUCAUCACUCAUCGACAAUAAUGGACGAGGUCCAUCACAUACCGCAGGGUCCUUGAAGUGAAUAUCUGAAAAUACUUGAGAGCACCUCUGAUACAUUGUUUACUCAUUCGGUUUCGAUAUCACCUUCUUAGUUUUACAAAUUGUCAACAUAUUUUAUAACUUACAGUUCAUCAUCAUCUGCAAUUUAACUGUUGUAAAAUCAAAAUUACUGUGACAGCCUGCUUAUUUAUUGCAGAGAAAUAAAUUGUUUUGCUAAUCA